AUGUUUUUAGUAAUAAAUAUCACUCUUCUACUCUUCAGUCACUGCUCCAUCUCUUCGUCUCGGAGCUACACGCUCACAAAUCGUCAACACUACUACCAUCACAGUUCGAGACAAAGUGAUUCCAAUCACUAUGUCAAUCCAUCGAGCAGUCGAUCUGCACAACCAAAACCCAACAACGAAGAUGCUCUCGAGCAUUUUGAUCGACAAUCUAACAUUCAUUUUCAUUAUCGUCCUGAUCAUCAAUCCAAUUGUGCUCACGCACCAAGCGCUUCCAACUUACGUCCCGCUGAUUCACCCUCCCUUACUCGACGAACACGUGACGACUCGGAUGACAACGAUGGUUUUACAACAGUGUCCAAAUCAAAAAAGCACAAGCCCAUCAAUUCUACCUCACACAACAACGACUUCAUCAGCGACUCUAAUCAACAAAGUCGUAACUAUCAAAAUCUUCAUCUAUCGGACUCUCCUGAUCCGACGUAUUCCAAUACGCCUCCCCAACAGCGCCACCACCACCGCUAUCCAACUCGUUACCAGGUCAACCAUGGAGUACAACAACGGUCCUCUGUAAACAACACUGUCAACACCAAUGAUUCACAUCAAGGGCCCCCACCACGCUACCAACAACAACAGUACUCCAUCUCCACGUCUGCUACACGAUAUGCUCAAACUCGGUACCCAUUCUCGCCUUUCAUUAUUCGCUUUAACUCUGGUAGUAUCAAAGAAAAACAGAUAGCUGAAGAAAUUGUCCAACAUUUCAAGAACAACGACCAGUUUGAUCUGCAGCUCACCAAUGUUCGACUUUCUACAAAAAACUGUACCAACCAAGAAUACGACUGCCUUAUCUUUGCAAAAAAUGCUGAUUCUUUCUGUGCGCUAUUCUCUCAAUCGAAAUGGCCACAAGCUAUCGGUGGUGAACGUUUUACGUUUCUUACAACGCCGUCCUUCCCUGCUCAACUAGCUCUGGUAGUAAAAAACGUUGAUCUGCGAAUCAAUCUGUACGAUUUUACAGAAGAAUUAAUGGACAAGUAUGUCGGCAUACACAAAGUUAUUAGAUUGAAAAACAAAUUCCAAAAUGAUAUUAAAUUGGUUAAGUUAGAACUAUUGUCAACAACUCUACGUGAAGAAUUACUUCGUGAGAGAAGAAUCAAAGUUAAUAGUAUGGUCUUCGACAUUGAUGAAUAUCUUAGCCCUGCUGAUGUGUUAAUCUGCUCGAAAUGCUGUGGCAUAGGACAUUUCAAGAAGCAAUGCAAAGAAACCAACGAAACUUGCAAAACGUGCGGAGUCAGCUGUCCUGAUCUUCGCCAACAUGUCUGUUCUCAAGUGGUCAAAUGUAUCCAUUGCGGUGAAGCUCACUUAUCAAACUCUCGUCGCUGCCCUAUAGUCAAGGACUUCCGAGCUGCACUUACAAAAAAUAUCCUACUGACAAAUCGAUCAACCAAUACUUCAAGUUACAACUCAAACCUGAACCACGAUCCAACUCAUUACCCACUACUUCCUCCGCCACCACCGGGUACAUCUUUCCCUGCUACAUACCCUCCUGCACAUCAAAAAUUCGACGAGCUGCUAUCUGGUAUCAACGAAAUGAAAGGAAUGCUGGGUGAAUUAUGUUCGAAGCAAAACGAGUUCGAGAACUUCAUGAAGGACAAAAUCAAGAAGGAUGAACUGAUCGCAAAUAAAAUUGAACAGCUGAUCGAGUCGGGCAAAGCCACGAAAGAUUCCAAUGACUACAACAGUAACAUUAUCGUUAAAUUCGUACUUCCCACUCUAGACCUAAUCUCACAAUUUUUAUACCAUGCAAACCUAAAAUCGACAAACGAUGUUGACCCUGAUUUCAAAUUGCAAAUCGAAUUGAAACGUAAAAUAAUUGAUCGAAUUAUCUCAGGUAAACAGUUUUCUUUAUGA